UCCUGUUGCUCCGGCUAAUCCCAAAACGCUCACCAUCUGAAAAAAGAAACCCCACCACCAUCAGCCUCCCUGCUGCUCCGGCUAUGCGGCGGCUACCGCUGCGACUCCUGCGCUCCGCGGCCGCCGGAUCUCUCCGGAGCCCCGCCCCCUCACGUGGCUGUCCUGUCCCCCGAGCGCCACAUCUGCCGGCGGAGGCAGCCGCCGCGCCGGCCGAGCUUGCCCGCUGGCUACCGCGGAGAGGGUACUCCCGGUUCGCGAGCGGAUUCACCCCCUUGGAGCCGAAGAAGCUGGGAUCCAUCCUCGACGUCGAGCGCGCCAAGGGCCUCUCCCCCGAACACCUGGUCGCGGCAUGGGAUGACUACCACCUGGGAAGAGGUCACAUAGGUGUAUCAAUGAAAGCAAAGCUUUACCGUCUCUUGGAACAAAGAUCGGCUACAUGCCCAUAUUUUGUUAUUCCUUUGUGGAGAGGAAGUGGAUAUACCACCAUGUUUAUGCAAGUCCAGCUGCCACACAUGAUCUUCACAGGGCUUGAAGACUACAAAGCAAGGGGAACUCAAGCAAGCCCUUACUAUACAGUCACUCAUUUCACAGAGUUUGCAGAAACCAAGGAUACAGUGCUUGUCCGAGGAGACGUUGUCUUCACCAGCAAACUAACCGAUGCAGAGGCAAAGUGUCUUUUAGAGACCGCCCACUCGUUCUACCUGAACGAUGUGCGGUACAAGCUCGUGGAGCGUUUCAACAAGGAAACACAUGAUUUCGAGUUCAAAGAUGUCCUUCAGGCGCUUGAAAUGCCGUCCAUGUGAGCAGAGAUGUGAAGCCAUCGUGCGACGACAAAGCUUCCCAGUGCGGUUAACCUGAAAGUACUGCCGAGAAUGGAACUACCGAGUUCUUUUCUCCCCCCAUUUUUUUGGCAGUUGUAUCCUGGAAAAACAACCCUGAGUCGAUAUCACCCUGACUUUGCUGAGUGGUCAUUCAUCCUAGUCGUUUUGUCGUAGCCGUAGCAAAGAAGCGAACCAAGUUCCCAGGACUGCUAGAGAUGCUCUAAGAAGCAGAUCCGGGCAAAGCUUUAAUAGGCAUUCCGCAGCUAUUUUGCUGUCGUUUCUCUUGGCCUUUUUGGCUAAAAUUUUCAUAAUAAUAUGGUAGAAUCAGAAACAAGCUAUACUUGUUUCAGAUCCUGAUGACAAUUGACAAAAUGUUUGUUUAAAUUAUGGAUGGAAACCAGCUGUGUGGUGUUUUGGUA